AAGUCGGUCCGCGUCAGUACAAGCUUCAAGCACCAGGUCUAAGAAGAGUCACCGAAACCGAAAGUCGCCAAAGACAGACAACGUGACUCAAGACAAACCAGAGCUGUCACAGUCGACGCUGCACCAUUUCAUCUCUUACCAAUCGCCAGACCGGCCAAAGUCUCCGACCGCACAGGCGGAGCUGUCUGAAACAAAUCCAGACACUACACCACGAAAUAGUUCAAUCAUGAAGACUAGAGCGGCCAACCCGAAAUCUCGCAAGUCCCUGCCGGCCAAGGCCAACAGGGCAUCUGACGCCGGAAUGUCAGGAACUCAAGCCGCAUCUCGGGCUUCUACUCCACAAUCUACGCGCAGUCGCAAUCGGAAGCCGAAGUCCACUAUUCACACAGCCCGCACGACUCCCAAUGUACGCUCGCAACCAAUCCCGGCCAACGACUCAAGCAAGCCACAGACACCUACCAAUGGAGUGAGCAAAACUCCUGUGUCGACACCCGGCAGCCUGACCACCAAAACGCGUCGUCGAGGCCCCACGUCCGGUGUCACUAGCUCGGCCGAACACCGGGAUGAUGAGCAGCCGAAUGUCACCCCAGAUGCCAACGGGACCAGCGCACCUUCCCAGGGGACUACCAGACCGAGCAACACCGUCAAGUUGAAUGUGGGACGUAAGGCACUAGCCGCAGCGUUGUCAACUCCAUUGGCCCACCCGUAUGACCGGGAACUGGCAAAUGGGACCGUACCUGGAACUCCCAUGCACGUCUACGAUGACGGAUUCCAUUUCGACUAUGACGCCGAAAUGUACGGGAAGAACUUUGGCUUGGAUGGUCAGAUGGAUCCCCCGGGGUCCCCUACGAGCCUGACAACAAGCACAUCGACCGCAAACCGAACCUCCGGACGCGUGCGCAAGCCGACCAUCCGCGCCUUGGAAUCACUGGCAUCCGAACAACGCGUCAGGCGCCGUACCACACCCAGGGCGAAGCCAAAGCCCAAUGCUGCCUCCAAGGUUGUAUCUCAGCCCACAACCGAUACCAAGGUUACCUCCAAUUCUACUCCCGCUCCAGCCGCGCCACAAAGAACGCCCGUCGUUCUCUCCGCGGAAGCGAGAGCCUUGGCGAAUCGUCUCCUCGAUAUCGCCGCGACUGCUGUGGCCGAAGACUUCAAACCCGCGCCAGAGGCCAGCGCAUGGCUGGCGGAGAUGCGCAAAAAUUUCGACGCGGAGCAGAAUGGCGGGCAGGUGGCGGAAAAUGCCGGGAAGCCAGGUGAACAGCGUAAGCAGCAACCACCACCCGCGAACACCACCCCCAGCGCUUCGGCGCCUACACGCCGCAACAGGACCAGGGCACAAGCCAAAAGAGAGGCCGUUGACUCGGUGGUGUGCGCCGACGCUGACGGGUGGCGAUUCACAGGUCAAGUCAAUGAGUUCGGCGAGGAGCUGUUCGCAGUGGGACCGGAAUUUGAGGUGUUCCGGCCCAACAAUACCUACAAUGAUGAUGAACUGCCUCAGCCCCCGCUGCGAUACAAGGCCCGAGACCAGGUUGAGCGCGACCGCAUCUUCGGGUACCCGCCGCGCAUGGGAGAGCGCAAUCUGCCGCAAGGGACGGUGGCACCCUUCACAGUCGAGGAUGUCGAUACGGAGCUCGCUAAGAUCAAACUGCGAGAUGAGGCAAAGUCUCUCGGCAUCACGAUCGAUCGCUCUUGGAAUGUCAACGACAUCAAGGCGGCGGUGGCUACGCGUCGUCAUGGGACGGCCCAGACCCCCGCCGUGCCGACACCCGUCAACGGUAACGUCUCCGAGAAGGCGACCCGGGCUUCCCGCAAGAGGCGACGUGAUACAGCGGAUCCAGUCGUUCCUACUCCCGAGGACGCACCUUCCCCUAAAGCUGCCCCUAAGACUGGAGGCAGACUUAAAGUUACUCCCAAGAUCACCGCCACGUCCAAAGCGACCCCAAAGACUGCAGCCACGUCCGAAGUUGCCCCGAAAACUGCAGCUACGCCCAAAGCCGCACCGAAGACUGCAGCUAUGUCUAAAGCUACGCCGAAGUCUGCGGCCACAUCGAAAGCCACCCCGAAGAGCACAGCUGCUUCGAAGGCGUCUACCAAGUCUGCCACCACUUCGAAAACCUCAUCGAAAGCUGCGGUCACAUCUGAAGCUGUUGAACCCACACCCAGAGCCAAGAGACGUCGCAAGAACGGCGAGGUUCCGACUGCGCUCGCAGCUCAAGAUACCUCUGAACCUGAUUCUGAUUCGGAACCGGAGCCGGCACCGGCGCCGGAGGUCCAAGAUGAUGAGAAGAAGAAGAAGCACAUAUUGAAAUUAAAGUUUUUCAUGAAGGAUGAGAACGGCCAGAAGGACGGGGACGGCAACGGGGAUGGAGACACAUCGGAGCCUCAAUCUCAGACGCAGGAGACCCCGAAGAAACGCAAGCGAGCCAAGGCCCCCAAGUCUGGCAAGUCAGACAAGCCCAGCAAGUCUAAGAAGCGCACCCGUACCGAAGCCGAUGAGUCUGAAGAAGACAAAGUUACGUCUCGACCUCACAAGAGCCCGAAGACCUCUGCAUAUGACACCCCCGUUGGGGCGAAGCCGCUCAAAGUGACAUUGCGCAUGUCGGGAAACAAGAAGACCGACGACAAGGCCCAGGACGAGACGAAGAAAGAAAUCCCGGAGACUCCGGAGACUCCUGUUCCCGCUGAGCCACCGGUAGAGGACGAAACGCUGGGCGAGACACCUGGUGGGCGUCCCCGUCGUCGUGCUGCUGCGGCGCUCAUGGCGGGAUUUCAGACCCAUGCAGAGGAAAGGGCCCGUCGCGCGGCGCGCAGAAAGGGAUCUGAGCAUCCUGAAGACGGAGCUACUGCUGCGGCAGUCUAGCUUGACAGUGCUGCAGUCUAGACGACACGAUCAGUGGUUGGCGUCUAGAGUUGACACAAUCGACAUCCGGAUUUGAUGCGAUCGAUUGCAGCAGACUUUACCUUUACCCGUCAUCCUCUACCGUCAUCUUUUCCGCCAUCUCCUACCGUCUUCUUAUCUUCCCAUCGCCUUCUCAUGCAUCAUA